AUGGGGCUCCUGCGGGCGAUCCCUGAUCUCGGCGCUGGAAGUGACGGUGAGAACGAAAAAGGCGAGAGACCCUGUGGGAGUCACCGGGGGCCCAUCGAGGCGAGGCGGCAGCCCCAUCACCAGCCACCUGCCAAGCGAGGCUCCUCUGCGCUUAGCUGCCUGUCUCCUGCUCUCUUCUCCCCCACCCCUCAGCUGCCCACAACUGGUGGAAGGGGCCCGGCCGGCCGGUCGCCCCUCUACCCACGUGCAGCUGCCCCUUAAGGUGCCUGCAGACAGGAGUGAUGGUCUGCUCGCCCCCAAGCGAGCGGGGCGACCCCAGGGAAGACCCUCCGGGGUUGCAGCUUCGGCGCCUCCUGUUGCUUGGGCACCUGGGGACUUGGCAUAGCUGGGGAACGUGGCGGCGUCACCCGGCGCUGGCAAUGGACUUGCUAGGAGGCGGUUGGCAGGUUGGGGAAGGAACGCGGGGGGGGGGGGCGGCAGGAGAGAAGUCCUGCGCGCUCUCGCCUGCCUGGGUUGAGCGCGCACCCAUCUCUGCGUUGUGGGGUGUGCGUGUGUGCGCUUGGUUUGUGUGUGCGCGCGCACAAAAGCCGCCUCUUCGCAACGCCAGCUUGGUAGGUGCAUUCUGCUCAGGAUCGCUGCCUCUCAUGUUGGCUGGAGCCGCUGUGUUUGCGGGGUAGGGAGGAUGAUAAUGGGCACUGCCACGGUAGAGACGCUAUUCCGAGAGGUGGGAAGCAUCUUAAGCUAGCUGUAAGCACCGGAGAUCAUCAUGCACCAAGACGGGGGAGAGUCGGAGGGCCUUGCAUAGGCCCACUGGGUUUCCCCAAAUGCAAGCAGCGUCAGAAGGUUGCUUUAGUGUUUUGAGUGGACAGGGUUAAUCUGCCUUCUAGAAAAACAAAACAGAUAAAUGGCCCCCCUCCCCAUCCUUCAAGAGAAGGAGGCACCAUAGCUCAGUUGAGAGAUCAGGCCACGGUCCUUGUUCCCCAGUUAUUCUUGCUCUGAUACUAAUUUCUGUGCCCCACCAAAACACUUGACCAGGGAACUUUAGCUACUGUCAGUCUGCGAAGGCAACACUGAGCCAAUUCAGUGGUCUGAUUUUAGUAUAAGGCAGCUUCCUUUGGGUGACAGGCUAAAAAGAUGUCAUUGUGUUAAACCUGACCUCCAGGGUUUAAUUUAUGCCUGGGCUCAGCCCUGGAAUUUGCUUUCUAGGCUGCAUCUUGAUCCUGGACCAUAAGAUGGAAAAGCAGGACACCAGUAACCUUUGCAGGCUGCCUCACGUGGUCACGAUCAGGAGUCAGGUCUUUUAGGGCAACUUGUAAAGCUUAUCAGGCAGGAGACAGCAGAAAUUAAGUGCCCCUGGAAGCCAUAGUGGUUCCUGGAUGCCCACUUUAGGCGUGGAUGGCUGUGUGCAUGGCUGUGGAUUGCCAGAGGGUCAGAUGGACAUACUCAGUGGUCUGUUUGACUUCAUGUGUAUCAGCUUUAAUUUAAAUUAAGCCUGGGAGCUUCUGUAGUGGUGGCUAGGUAGGAAAAUGUAAGAAGUGCUUGCCUUGAAUCUGAGGUGCCCUCUGUGCUAUCAGAGAAAAUAAUUGAGAGCUUGUUCAGUUUCCCAUUCAGUGUGGACACACACACACACACACACACACACACACACUGCUGCCCAGGAAUGUAUGUAACCUAGUUGUGCACAAGGGCUGUUGGUGUCAUCUGCAUGGAUGAGCAAAGCUGGUGUGCAAGAAGAAGCCACAGCCUGUAACAGUCCUGGUAGGGACAUAUUACCUGUAAAGGCACCCUAUCUUCAGAAGCCAACAUGUGUCCUGAGCAUAUGUCUGAAGAUGAACGGGGAAGGGCAGGCCUCAUGCCCACCAAUGGUGUAUCUGACGUUGGAGAGGCAAGGAAGCCCACUGCUCCAGAAUCAGAGCUGAAACCAGAGGUUCCAGCUGCAGGCCAGAGCAGUCCCUGUUCUGGAUGGAUUGGCAGCCUGUGCUUUUAAGGUGGACUAGUCCUUUUGAUGCAGUGCUCCUCCCUCCCUCCCUCCCAACCCCCGCCCCUCCAGCAGCCGUAGCCAACACAGCACACCAGUCAUCUCAGUGUCCCGUAGAUGCCAGCCUUGCACGAGGCCAGAUUCAUGCUGUGGAGGAGUCCUUGCCAAGGUGCUGCUAAGUCUUUACUUGACAUUUAUUGUCGUGAUUUGAGGCUGGGAUCUGCAUUGCCCAGCACAGGCGUAGCUGUUCUCUCCUGUUUGAGGAGGUGGGGAGGCACUGGAGUCUCGGGGAGCCGUGCACAGGCCCUGUUGCAAUUCCCUCCUGCAUCACCAUUUGCAAUGCUUUCUAUGCAGAAACCCUCAAUAACAUACUGAGGUGCAUGUAUCCAUACCUAUCUUCAUCUUAUUAGGGACUUCUAAAAACACACACAGAAAGGAUAUUUAUAGGUAAAGAUGAGCUACAUUUGGAAGAACCAUCCUGGCCUUCUCUGCUGGAAUGGACGAUUUUUAUUAAGUAUCUUAAACAGGAUGUUAAGGCCGCUGGUGGAGGCAUUGCCUUGAGAAGACCUUGGUACUGAGGACCAUGGGAUCAGUAAGACAGGGUCAUAUAGUAGGUUCACUUGGAGCACAAGUAGAUCCCUGCUGGAUCAGACCAGAGGCCUAGCUACUCUAGUUUCCUGUUCUCACAGUAGCCACCCAGUUGCUUUUGGGAAGGUCACAAGCCGGACAUCAGGGCAAUGCCCCUCUCCCGCUGUUACCUCCCAGCAGAGGCAUAUAUUGGUCACUGGUUUAUGGCCACCUGUAACUGGAGCUUUUUGUCCUGCAGGGGUAUGAAUAUUGCACUGCUCUCUGCUAGGAUUAUACUGUUCUCAUGUACAGCAGAAUAUUCAGGGAGAUCUCGGUAGCUCUGUGACCUCUUCCUUCUGGCCAGCAGCCAGCAAUCUCACCGAGCACCAAGGUUGUCCCAGGUGGAGGUCUGGCACUGUGACCUUGUCUUUGUUACAGAGUUCUCUGUGCUCUGCAUUUAGAAAGUGUCUGCAAUUCUAUACUUCUUCGGAAGCAGGUUGUGUGUGUGUAUGUGUUUUUGCACUCAGUUAAUUCUAGGAAAGCUGAAUCUUUGUACAAUUAUGCAAAUCAAAGCAAGCACCCAGGUGAGCCAAAAUGGGAUAAGAUGAGGUAGGCUCUCUCAGAUGGCAUAUUUUGAGGUACCAUCAAGGGGAACCAAAUUGUCAGUGGUUUUCUUAUUACCAUUUUUCUUUUUUUAGAUCUCCUGGGAGAUUUUUUGGGUCAUUUUGCAUUAUACUUUCUUCUAACCAAUGGGAAGGUGCAGAGAGCUAUGCACAACCCUGUAAAUCUUCUCCCUGGCAACUGAAUAUCCUGUUCAUCUCCCACUGUGGCUUUUGAAAUUUCACGGAUCCCCCCCCCCCCCGUUUAUUCAUUACAUUUAUUUCCCUGCUUUCCUCCGCGUUACUCAGAGCCACAUACCUUGCCCCUCUGCUAUUUUUUAUUCACAACAACCCAGUGGGCUAGGCUAGGCUAUAGGAUAGUAACUGAACCAAGAUCACUCAGUCAUGAAACUUGAACCCUGGUUUCUCUGGUCCUAUCCCAGUACUCUAACCACUUAACCAGUCUGUCAUGACACAUUGCUUAACCUUACAAGCCUGCCUUCAUGGCAAUAAAGGUUAGAAACGUACUUUAAACAUAAAAUCUGGUCUUCCCGGAAAGCUGAAUUCAGUGCCCAUUAACAAAUUCCACCCUUGUACAACGUGAUCAUUUGCAGCCUUUUUUGUGGGCAUUUAGUUAAUGUCAGCUUGCUGUUGACCUAAUCACGCUGAAAUUUUGUAGUUCCUUAGAAAAUCCUGUUUUCAAUUAGCAGAUUUUGGGGAAGAGUAAACCGGGAGGAAAGGGGGGGAGCUUGACUUCAUCUUGGCAAUCUCCCCUGUUGCUGCCAUAUUGGCAGCUGCAAAGUUGUUCUUCCUGGGCUUGUUUUAGCUCCAUCACACUUCCUUGAUGGAGCCACCAACUGGGACACGUGCAUUCAAAGAAGGGACAAAGGACAUUCCCACUCAGCCCAUGUUUCACGGGCUGCUUCAUUUCCUGUGUGGAUUCAGCCACUCACCUGCUUACCCAGUUACACUUCCUUUUCUCUUCUAACUUGUGGCCACCACUUCUGAGUGUAAACUUGACAGUCUUAAUGUAACUUGUGUUUUUAAUAAUGGGCCUGCACGUAGAUAAGUAGAAAGGCUUAUCUAUGUGCCUUGUCAAAGAUUCAGAAGGCCUAUAGCUCAAGGUAAUAUAUAGUUCAGUUGGCUGAGUCCCAGAUGGAAUAUUUUGGGGAUACUGCCUUAGAAUAUGAAUAAUAACAAAGGAAAUGAUCCAGACAAGCACCACACAGGUGGCAAAAGGGUCCAUUCAAACCCAAAACUUUAGUAUAGGGCCAUUAUGAGGAAGUCCUUAAGCAGUGGUCAAUUGUACUGAGGCUAGAAGACUGACAUUUCAGGCAUUUUCUGUGAUUGGCUGGCCUGUGGUGUCUCUUCUGACCAAAUAGUUUAAUGCAGGCAGGUGGAAGGUAAACAGCAGCCUACUCAGACCAGGGUCCCUGUUUCUGACAGAGCACUCAGCACUUGUUGACUGAUGGGCUUCUUACAAAGAACGCUUGGCCUUGAUCUGACCUGAUGUGAAGCAAGAGAACAGAUCCAGGAACACAGCUUAGUUGCUAGCUGUUAACCAUAACUGUUAAUGGCUGCCGAUCAUGCACUCUGGCUCUGUACAUUUAAAACACACCGACAGGGUUGGCAGCUGACGGGGGCUCUCGGUAACAUGAAGGAGAUUCACAGGAGGCUGAAGCUCAGCCCACUUCUUAAGUUUUAGCUGCUGGUUUGGGCUCUGAUAAGAAGGCUGGCUUAGCGUAAGCAAUAAUAAAAGCUUGAAGGCUUAUAUCUUAACGCCUUGAUAUGGUGGGGAAUACCCUCUCAGCUGUGUUUGAGGUGACAGUGAGAUACUUUUAAAGGCUCCCCAGUAAGGAGAAAUGGAGUUGUUCCUCAGUACAGAAUUACUCAGAAAGGUCUAAUCCCAAAUAGGUCCUGUUAACAUUUGGGGAAGCUCUGAUGACACUUUGAAAGGCCAUUCUAUGAACGGUGCUUACAGAGAUUCCCAAGUUAAAUAGGGUGCACACUAGCCAAAAGUGGGCAGCAACAGGCCUCUCUACCUGGCCCUUGGUUGCACCCUCCCUGCCUAGGCCACGCCCCCUGCUGCCCUGUUUUGCAGUCUCCUCCUCUGUUUGCUUGGGUGGAAUGUGGAAUACCUCUUGCUGCAUGUGUGCCUGUCUAGAAUGCAGCCUAAGUGUACAAAGGCCAGAUUCAGAUCACCUCAUCCCCACAGCUUGUGAUCCGCUGCAGUACACAUGCAGGAGGAAUUCUCCCUCUGGAGUGGUUGUGAUUUCCUGAAAUGGGGUUCUGGGAUCAGUCCAUUUAUGAAAUAUCCUGGGAAUAACGUACUUACUUGCCUUGGAUUGUGGUGGCCUAGCUACUGGCAGACAUCAGAACUAACAAGCAAUGAACUAAGCAGGCAGGAGGAGGGUGGAGAUGUAGCUGAUGGUGGGGCCUUUACCUGAUGCAAGUGUCAAAGUUCAGUUUUAGCUCAGGGCAACCUGCUUCACGCUUAGUGGUCCCUAAGCUGCAUUGGAAGCAGCUUUGCUAUGAAUGGGAGGUUGUUGGUUGGCAUCUAUUACCUGGGGGCAGGGGGUAAGCCAAGGCAGAGAAGGAGGAAUCAGCACACAUCUUGGCAGUGGCGUGUGAUGCGCCAUGUGGAGAGCAGUCCCUUGAGGGGUGAAGCUGUGACAUGUGUGGGCUGGCGGCUUCUGCGAUGGUUUGUGGAUGAGCAGAGGAGUGCUGUUGGGCUAGCAGUGCCAUCAGGAGGAGAAGUGAGGUAGUGCUCUGGUACUUGUGCUUUGCUGUCUUCUCUUGGCCUCUCCUGGUGCUUUUGUGCCCUGCUGUUUCGUGAGUCCUGCCUUUCACUGCCGCAGCAGCAGGUCUGAAAUUUGGGUUUGCUCCAUCCCUGGCAGUUUAUCGCCUCAGUCGGAAAUGGCCAGGGAGAUGGGGGCCCACAGCUUUGGUUGCAACCUGUGCAAGGAGCAUGCCUGAAUGCCAUAAGCCCAGCCUGAUCUGUGGGUGUUCAGUGCAUGAAUGAGAGUGGGCGCAUGUGAUGGUGAGUGUGUGGGCAGUACUGUGGCUGCAUGAAAGGGGGCACAUGCCCACUUGGUAGUCACAGGCUUAGAUUGCUGAACAGGGGUCGGAGGCUGUACAAUACACCCAAUUUAACCAAAAGCUUUCCUCCCCUCUACUUUGCAAUUGCAACUGGUGGGAAGCCAAGCCAAGCUGCAGGCUUUUGUGUUCAAGGGGAGGGCAGUGUUUGCAGUCAGGGUCUAAGCUCUACACCCCGUCAUUGGACCACCAGUGGCUUGUGCUCGUUAGCUGGGGAGGGGCUUAGAGCAGGCAGGGUGGGUUCUGCAAAAUAGCGCUUGUCUGUCCCCUCCUACAAUCAAUGGCAUUGUCUGUCUGUUUGCAGGGAGCGAGCUCCUGUCGGAAGUGCUGUUGGCCCUGCAAAGCCCCGAGCCAGCAAUGGGAAGAAGUUGGGCUGGGUGCUGGUGUUACUGGUCGUGUUACCCCAAGUAUCCAAGAACUCAGGCGUUUGAAGAAGAGAGCACAGGCCGUGCCCAUGAGCCUUCCCAGCACUCUCCUUUCCUCCCUUGGGCUCCUUUAGGAGCCAGAACUCCCCCCUCUCCGUGA